AUGUCCUACGCUAAAAUCGCUUUAUUCGCUGCUGUCGCUGCUUUGGCUUCCGCCCAAACUCAAGAAGAAAUUGAUGAAUUGAACGUUAUCUUGAACGAUGUCAAGUCUCAUUUGCAAGAAUACAUGAGUUUGGCUCAAGACCCAUCUUCUGGUUUCUCUUUGGCCAAUAUGCCAGCCGGUGUUUUGAACAUUGGUAUGGCUUUGGCUUCCGCCACUGACGAUUCCUACACCACUUUGUACUCUGCCGUUGACUUUGCUGGUGUUAACAAGAUGUUGACCAUGGUUCCAUGGUACUCUUCCAGAUUGGAACCAGCUUUGAAGUCCAUGAUGGGUGAAGCAUCCACUUCCUCCGCUGCUCCAACUUCCACCGAAGCUAAGAGUUCCUCCGCUGCUCCAACCUCUUCUGCUGCCACCUCUUCUUCUGCUGCUGCCACCUCAUCCGCCGCUUCUUCUUCUUCUGCUGCUGCCUCCUCAUCUGCUGCUUCUUCUUCUGCUGCCGCUUCUUCUUCUGAAGCUAAGUCUUCUUCUGCUGCUGCCUCUUCUUCUGCUGCUGCUUCCUCUUCCGCCAAGCAAUCCGCCAGCGUAUCUAGCUCCGCCAAGGCUUCUGCCACUGCUUCUGGUUCUGCCAAGGCUUCUGCCAUCUCUCAAAUCACUGAUGGUCAAAUCCAAGCCACCAAGACCGUUUCUCAACAAACUGAAAAUGGUGCUGCUAAGGCCUUUGUUGGUAUGGGUGCUGGUGUUAUGGCUGCUGCCGCUAUGUUGUUAUAA